CGGUGCACGGAGGCAGGCGGCAGCGGUAUGGAAGGUCUGACGGGACCAUUAAGGUCGAAUGAUGAGAGGUCCUUAUACAUACGUUCCAUGGUUUUGAAGGUUGAGACUGUUUCUUACGUUAUUAAUUCCAUCAAAUUGAGCUAUUUGUUUUCCUCAUCAUGCUCCUGCCGCUUUGAUCCCGAUCUUCCUACUAAUCCUACUGCUAUUGGUGGUGAUGGUGAUAGAAGCAAAUGCCCGUGGUGCUCCAAAACCCUCAAAGCCCCCGACGACGACAUGGAGGAUUGUAGUGAAUUAAACCAUCCGGAUGAUACGACAACCAGAACCGAAUGCGCGGCUUGCUCCAAGGGCAAUAGUGAAUUACGCUAUCGGGCUUCUCUCACCGGCGAGUAUCUUCCCGGCUAUAUGGGUUGCGGUGUCUUUGGAUCUCAAAUUGUUUUCGGCGGAGGUGCGUAAUCCCGCCUCUCAACCGUGGCCGAGUGCAGCCAUAGGCGAUUCGGACCAGAUGCGAGUAGAGCUAUAUAUGGAUUUGAGACUCGGGAUCCGAAUCCCACGAUCAAACUGAGGGGCCGAGAGCGUAUGUUUGGGGUGAGACGAUCUUAUGUAAUAAAAAGCCUCCAUAUUUUCAGGUUUUCGAUCCCAACUCUAAGAAAUGGUCUCCCCUUCCCGCACCUUCAAUUCUCGAGCCUGGUGGAAGCUAUGGAGACUUCUCUUGUGCAAUUGUGGAUAGUUUUAUCCUUCUGUCGACUCGGACCAGUAUGGUAUAUGGCUUUGACACUAGUGAAGAGGAACAUCCAAAAUGGAUAGAAGUUGGGACUCCUAGUUUUUUUUCUCCGAUCGUCCUCUUCCUUUUGAAGGAAAAGCUUUGCUCCUGUUGGAUGACAAUGAAUCUUUCAUGUUCAGUUAUAAGAGGAAACAGCGUGGAUAUGCCAUUGUUGUCCACUCUGUUGCGCCUGAUCAUGUGUCUGUUAUUAAAAAAUUGCCACUGGAGCAAGUUCUAGCGGAAGCGGAUAAGUUGCCUGCUGAUUUUCGUGAUAUAUAUUCAAGAUAUGACCACUGCUUUGUUCAUAUAGAAGGUCUGAAAGUCUGCCUAAUUAUGAGCUUAUAUAUUAAAGCACCUAGAAUGUCUGAAGCUGAGAAGUUGCGCAUUAUGUCGUUAACCUUUGAAAUCUCACCACCGACCACAACAACGGGAAGGGACGUCAAACAUGUUCAUACUCGCUUCUUUGACUGCGAUACUAGACUGUCUCACUCAUCUCACCCAUGUGACAACACCCUGCAUGUGUGCUUGGUGCUUUUGUUCUGUAAAUUGUCGAGUGAAGAAUCAUGCUAUGAGGAGAAGACCUUGCAGGCUAGUUAGUGUUGUCUUAGCUUAUUUAAGAUUAGAUAUUUGUGGUCUGGUUGACUGUGCUUUUGUAAUGGCAUGAAAACAGAACUUAUUUUGAUAUGUUUUUUUAUUGUAAUCAAAACUCAAGAAUGGGCUGUAUCGUCCUACUAUUGUAAUCUAUUUAU